AUGGAGGCUGUAGAGGAGCCCCCCCGCCCCGGGCCGGGAGGCCAGGAGGCCGACCCCGAGAGCUCCGGGCCGCGCUGCCCGCUGCUGUCCGGCUUCCGAGAGGAGCUGCGAGCGCUCCUGCUUCUGGCGGGCCCCGCGUUCUUGGCGCAGUUGAUGGUGUUUCUGAUCAGUUUCAUAAGCUCCGUGUUCUGUGGCCACCUGGGGAAGCUGGAGCUGGACGCGGUCACCCUCGGGAUCGCGGUUAUCAAUGUCGCUGGUGUCUCCGUGGGCUUUGGCUUAUCUUCUGCUUGCGACACCCUCAUGUCCCAGACAUACGGGAGCCAGAACCUGAAGCAUGUGGGGGUCAUCUUGCAAAGGGGGAUCCUGGUGCUCCUUCUCUGCUGCUUCCCCUGCUGGGCCCUCUUCCUCAACACUGAGCAAAUCCUGCUGCUCUUCCGGCAGGACCCGGCUGUGUCCAGGCUUACCCAGGACUACGUCAUGACCUUCAUUCCAGCUCUUCCUGCAACCUUUCUUUAUAUGUUACAAGUGAAAUAUUUACUCAACCAGGGAAUCGUACUACCCCAGGUCCUAACCGGAGUAGCAGCCAACCUUGUCAAUGCCCUCCUCAACUAUCUUUUUCUUUAUCAGCUGCAUUUUGGGGUGAUGGGGUCGGCACUGGCAAAUACCAUUUCCCAGUUCACCCUGGCACUCCUCCUUUUCUUCUGCAUCCUUGGGAGGAACCUGCAUCAAGCUACUUGGGGAGGGUGGUCCUGUGAAUGUCUGGAGGACUGGGCCUCCUUUUUCAGCCUGGCCAUCCCCGGGAUGCUCAUGCUGUGCAUGGAGUGGUGGGCCUAUGAGAUCGGAAGCUUACUGAGCGGUAUCCUCGGCAUGGUGGAGCUGGGAGCCCAGUCUGUCCUGUACGAACUGACCGUCAUUUUGUACAUGAUACCUUCAGGCUUCAGUGUGGCUGCCAGCGUCCGGGUGGGGAACGCGCUGGGCGCGGGAAACAUCCAGCAGGCCAAGAAGUCGUCAGCUGUUGCCCUGCUGGUCACAGGACUCUUUGCUGUAACCUUCUGUGUCCUGAUGUUAAGCUGUAAGGAUCUCGUGGGGUAUAUUUUCACUACCGAACGAGAAAUCAUUGCUCUAGUGGCUAAGGUGAUUCCGAUCUCUGCUGUUUCCCAUCUGUUUGAAGCUCUGGCUUGCACAGGUGGAGGCAUUCUGCGGGGGAGCGGUAACCAGAAGGCUGGGGCCAUUGUCAACACCAUUGGGUAUUAUGUGAUUGGUCUUCCCAUCGGGAUUUCGCUGAUGUUUGCAGCCAGAAUGGGAGUGGUUGGUCUGUGGCUGGGGAUCAUCAUUUGUUCCAUCACACAAUCUCUGUGUUUUCUCGGCUUUAUUGCUUGGCUAAAUUGGAAAAAAGCUUGUGAAGAGGCUCAGAUCCAUGCCAAUCUGAGACUAAACACGGUCCAGGAUGAGCCUGCAGCUGCCUGCCAGGACCCAGGGGGACCUGGGAGCCAUAGAGGAAUUUCAGUGAGAGAUGUAAGGAGAAAACACAAGACCCGAUUGGACCAGCACGGGUGCCAAGAAGAUGUUCAGGCCCAGCCAAGGGACACGACUCACCUGACUGGGAAACAUUUGGUUCUGUGGCGGGGGCUUCUGCUCCUGGGGGUCAUUUUGGUCUUGAUCGUAGGGAUUUUAGUGAGAGUGUAUGUCAGAGUUGAGUGAUAGGCAAAAGAGAGAGAGAGAGAGUCAGGACAAGUGAUACUUCUGAGCUGACAAAUAAUUCAUAGGCCCCACGGUGGGAAUUUGUUUUCAGUUAAGUUAGUUUCAACUGGGCUCAUGGGUUUGGAGAAUCACGAGUUCCAAGUUACGUUUUCUCAUAAAGAAAAGGAACUAAGGUACAAAUUAUGUUCCUGUCCAAGACAAUGUCGGAAAGUUCAGAGUGACGAUGAUUCAGUUCAUGUGCCACUGUCUUAACCAAGGACCACUGUGUACUGACUGCAUUCAGGUGCGGCUUUACCAGUUACUUGUUAUGCUGAAUGUUUCUUUAGUUAAAACCCCUGUACUGAGUGCUUCAGGUUUCCUACUGUCUUGAGUUAUUUAAAAUAUAUUUUGCACUAUAUCUUUCCUCGUGCCUUCAGUGAUUAUGCAACGGGCCAAUGGCAUUCGUUAAUAUGUAGAUCACAGGAGCUGUGAGCAGUGGCGUCGCUUGAGAAACCGGAAGGGGAGAAGACGUAGAUUAAGCAGAAAGGAGUCAGAGGGCAUUGAUGAGCAAGCUUCCUGUCUUAAAAUCUGUUUUAAUUUUGAAUUUGUUUUAAAUUUGUUAAACUUGUUAAAAUUUGUUUAAAAUUUGAAUACAGGGUUUGAAGAGCUCAUUCAGGCAAAGGAAGAAGUCAGACGGUUUCUCAUGUUGAUAGAAGGGGGCGGGGGGGAUUGUUAAAUUGGAAGGUAGAAGAAAUGAAGAGGGGGGUCUAGGAGAGGGGAGGCUGGGUCUUGGGCGGGCCCUUUUCAUCUUCUGUUUGGGUCUUUGUCUUUAAGAAGGUGCCCCAGCUGGGCACCAGGGUGGCUCAGUU